AUGGUCGGCGGUGGUCGGCGGUGUUGGGGGCUGCGGUGGUCGGCGGUGUUGGAGGCUUCGGUGGUCGGCGAUGUUGGGGGGCUGUGGUCGUCGGCGGUGUUGGGGGUUGUGGUGGUCGGCAGUGUUGAAGGCUACGGUGGUCGGCGAUGUUGGGGGGCUGUGGUGGUCGGUGGUGUUGGGGGCUGCGGUGGUCGGCGGUGGGGAGGGCUGUGGUGGCCGGUGGUGUUGGGGGCUGCGGUGGCCGGCGGUGUUGGUGGCUGCGGUGGUCGGCGGUGUUGGGGGGCUGUGGUGGUCGGCGGUGUUGGUUUUUAA